AUUUUCCUUUCUCCUCCAUCGUCUGCUUCUGCGGCUCGCGGGCUGUCGUCUGCUAUCUGGUUCCGCACUCGCGCGCAGCAGAGCGCGUGCGGCGUCGUGUGGUGUGGGUGUCCGUGUUUUCCAGCCUGUGUUUUCUCGCCGCGCUCGUCGGCGGGCUGUGCUCAAACCGCAACGUGCGGGGUUCGUUCUCGCGCUAGGCCUCGGUCAUGGGUCCGGCUAGCGACGCCGAUCCUUCGCGGCCCCGCGACCGCCACCGAGAAGUCACCGGUGCGUUGACGCGACAAGCGACACUAGUCCGUCGCUGUCGGGACUUUUACGCCAGGCGACUUCGACAGUCUGAACUGCUGCGGCGAAAGUGGCACGAAGGCAGCGGCUCGGACGGCGACUGUUCGUCGACGACGUCCACUUUGUCGUCCGCGUCUUCGUCGUCUGCUUCUUCGUCGUCUGCCUCUGCCGCCGAAAAGGAUAACACGUCGUCGCCGGAGUGCCGACUCGCUGGCGGUUCCGACGAGCAGGCUGGCUGGCGAAAGUCCAGCUUGGAUCUGGCCAUGGAUUCGCUACGCAGAGAGAUCAGCUGCCUGAUGGAACGCGACAACGCACUCUUCGGUCAGCUCCUUGGCCUGCACCAGAGCAUCACGGAGCUUCGCGCCCAACGCCAGCAACACUGGCUCCACCACCGGCCGCCCACGCUGGUCGACGACAGCGAUGAAGACGUCGACGAUGAAGACGACGACGACGACGACGACGAUGUCAGCUCGACAGGUCCGGCGCCUUCACCUCACACCCCGGGGAGCCUCGAGUCGCUCUUAGCGUACGAAGAAGACCGACUCACGCUGUCCUCAUCGGCGUCUUCGUCCGACUCGAGGGACCAGAAGAAGAGCGCCAGGAGGUCGACCGGAGGCCCGACCUCCCGCUGCGCGUCGUCGGGGUGUUGGCGGUGUGUGCGCGGCGCUCGGGCCACGGCGCUGCCUCCGGGGUUCCGUAACCGGAGGGCGCUGUCCCAGGCCAGCCUCGUGCUGAGACACGAGCACGCAGACUCGUACGACUCCGGCAUCCAGCUUCAGGGAAGCCACUCCGAGUCCGACCACGAGGUGUUCGUCUGAGCCACCAGGAGAAGCCUCCGUCUGCUUUUGGUUUUAAUACACUCGCUAGGUGCCGCUAGCUGCCGCCCGGUUUAAAGGGUCCACUCGUAUGCACCCAUCCAUCGGUGAUGAGAGCUUAGGCCAUUGGCACCAUUGGUUUAGGCCGUUUAGGCAAAGGUUAAGGCUACCAAGGGUCACCAUCUGCUACUGAAAGCUGUCGCUCGCCACCGUGGGCCGCCUUCUGUUACCGCGAGGGCUGCCGCCUGCUACUGAAUUAUGAUGAAAUGGCAGACGUAAAUUAGUCCGCUACGAGGUUCCAUCUGCGGCCCAAGGACAGACGAGGGCCUUGGUGACAGGUCUUGUGAGUGGCGGCCGAGGACUCGAACAAAGGCCAGAACUGCUGUGACCAAUUAACCUGCUUGGAGGCUAGUUUCUAGUCGGCUCCAGUUUGAAUGUGGACUCGUUGGUUUCAAAUUGUUGUGUACUUGUGCUUUUUUUGGUUCUGAGAAGACCAUUCAUGAUUUCGGCUAUGACUUCUGAUAUUACGUUUUACUCUGUGGCUGUGGUUGGGGGUCUGACGAGAUAGGGUUGUGAUGCGACCUCUUCUACGGCUACUGGACCAUGAUGGAGACAUGUGGAUGUCCAAAAAAGUUCAAAAUUUUGCCACUGUUUUUUUUCCUUUGUAUCGGUUAGUUGUUGACGAUCGAAUUAUGAAAUGUUUUGAAAUUAUGUAUUGCUCUUUUGUAUAUAUAUAUAUGUAUUUGUCUUCGAGCAGCAGACUCUGCGUUGUCAAGCGCUAUAGCUACUUACGGCCUUCGAUGCCUGCUUUCACUCACUGACUUUACCGCACACGUUGCUGUUUUAUUUUAUUUUUAUUCUUUUACGCGCGUCAGCGAGACGUUGUCACAGUGCUUGGGAGACCCGUCUUUUUCAUUAGACUCAGCCUUGGAACAAAACAGACUCCUGACAGUUUGAGGACGCCCAAUUUUUACUGCCCAAGCCACACGUUUAUUUUUAUUUUUUUUUUUAAGCUUUUAUCACGCACAAGAGAACUUUUAAAUGACAUUCAUUGGCCCAUACUUCAGUUUGCUUGGCAUGUGUAAAAAAAAGGGUCCCUUUUUCUAUAGUAUAUAAUGGUCCAUUCCGGGACCUUAACUCAAAAGCGCGGGGACCUAGAAAUAGCGACCUUUUUUUCUGUUUCUUUAUUGUGUGCUCGCUCUCCUCAGAAAAUGGAGCUGUUGUCGUGAAGCUCGUGACGCCGAGGAGUGGCCCUCUUACAUGUUUGCUCUUUUCUGUCUCGCAUUGUUUUCGUCGUAUAGUUGACAGUCGUGCAGAGAGGCCAGCCCGUGUCUCCGUAUAUAUCCAUGCCUUCGCCUGCCGCCUCACCUAGUCUCUAGUCCGUGGGAUCACGCGCUGGGCGUGCCGUGCCCCACGCGUGGUCAGAGUGUAGUGCCAUUUACAAGUAAUGAAUGACUCGUAUACUGAACUACUAUCGUUUUGUUUAUUUUUUUUGUGUGGGGGUAUAAAAGACCUUCUGCAGACAUGUUGGAAACAUGUAUACGAAGCAAAACAUGCUUCGAAUAUGUUGGAGGCAUGUUCGCGGAUAGUUCUGGUAUCAUGUCCGCGGCGAACACAGUGUCUUUUGAAUCAUGUAUACGAGCGGUGUGAAUCUGGAUUCACGUCAUCACAGGGCCGAGAUUUUGUUCUUGUUUUUAUUCUUUAGGGCAAAACAGUUAAAGAGAUACAACGUAAGUAAGACGGCGUAAACUUUAAAACGAUUUAUUUAAAAAAAAAAAAAAAGGAAUAAUUACACCGGUGUGCGAUUUCGAUUUCUGCGGUCCUUCUGUACGUUGUAGAACCGGCAACCCCGUCGGUAUUUUUUUUUUAAUGGCGACGCAGCGUUAUAGUAACCGUUUCCAAAUCAUAUCACAAAUAAAAGCCAAUAAAAAGGUAUUUAUCCGCGUGUGGGGGGCUGGCGGAGGUUGCCAUUUAAUCCAUGGUUUAGCAUUCAGAGUCCGUUUGAGGUGACGCUUUCAAACCGGUAUGGUGAUUCGCCACAUUUGCCGCGUUUCUAUGUUUGUUGAGAGAGAGAGAGAGAGAGAGAGAGAGCUAUUCAACGCCGCAGGAAAUUUUUUACGUGAUUUGGAUUGCGCCGUGGCAGUUGGUACAUUCCUUUUUUUUGGUGUUUCUGUGUUUCUGACGCAAUGUUUCGAGCGCAAAGACGUGGCUCUUAGCAACUGGCAACGGUAGCUGUGAUGAACCUUUAGGUUCCAUAUUGUAUAGAAGCAAACGAUAGCUUAUAUUUAGAUGCAAUGCCGUAAACGUGAUAGUUGAAGAAAAAAAAAUAAAAAUAAGGUUAAUAUUAAAAAAAAAAAUAAACUGCUAUAUUUCGAUGGCUAUUUUUAUAUUUUCAGAUUACAUUUUCCUUUGUGGUCCUGAGUGUUGAUCGCGAUAUCUCUUGUUGAAGCACGUGACACAAAUGAACGCAAUAAAAAUUAUUAUAGAUUUUCUCA